GCGAAAAACUUUUUAAGAUUUGAAAAUAACGAAACCAACACCCGAUUACAAAAAGAUACACAUUCUAAAGUGCUUGUUGAAACGCUGCAGAAAGUGGACCUUGGCUAUAAACAAAGCGAGGAGAGCUUUUCCAGCAGUUUAGCCUACGACUCUGGUAGAGAUCAUGAAUAUUAUGAACAAAACCCUGCCAUGAAUAUCAACUCAAGCAUAGGAGCUGAUCAAACUAAAAUCACCAUCCGGAAAACACUACGAGGAAAAUUUUCGGCCAUGAAUAAGCGCGUAACUCAACUGGACGCAAGAUAUAGGCAUGCUGGAGCCGCGGCCUAUGGAGAUGAUGUACACAUGAAAGUUAACGCAAACUGGAACGAGACCGACACCAACAACUUGAGGAAAGUGAUGCGUCAACGAUCAGAUGUGGUGCAGGCUGCAUGUCAACGCUACCGAUCGCUCACCAACUUCACGGAAUUGAAGCCUGCGAAGCUCCACCAAACCUUGCGCUGGGUGAAGGAUUACAAAUUUAUUUGGUGUCCGAUAUUCAAGUGCGCCUCCACCACGUGGGUCAAAAAUCUCCUGCUACUGGCCAACUUUACGGAGCCGCCCCAGCGCCACCACGCCCUCUCCAAGGAGCUCUACCCGCCCCCGCCCCACAGCGCCGAGCGCAACCAGAUGCUGCGCCACGCCAAGAAACUGAUCAUCGUCCGGCAUCCUUUGGACAGACUCCUGUCCGCCUACAGAGACAAGAUGCUGCGCAACAUUCGUGCGGGCAACUACGAGACGAUCCAGCUGAACAUCGCCCGGUCCUACAAGGAACCUCAACUGCCUCCACACGUUGACCUGGCGCCCGUCAUGCCCUCAUCACCCAACCAGCCAAGCUUCAACAAGUUCCUCCUCCGCGUCCGUGAUGACCUCAUCACUUACUGGGAUCCUAACCACCACAAACACAUCAACCUGCACUGGCGUCCGUUCUGGGCAGCCUGCUCGCCUUGCAACCUCAAGUACGACAUCAUCGCUAAGGUGGAAACCCUGCACACCGACCAAGAAUUCAUUGUCAGGGACCUGCAUCUUCCUAUAGGGAAGCUGUUCGCUGAAAGUCACUCCUCUCA